UUCUUAUGAAUAUUUCUUUUAUAAAUAUUACUAAAUUCAGAUUGAGUUGAGACUUCAUUUAUAACAAUGUCUCUGAGGCACCUGAGCUGGAAGGAGAGUCUGUGAACACUGCAAAGUGACAUCAACAUAAAGCCAGCUGUGUCUUCAGUGUGAUGGACUGAAUAGUCCCUUAAGCUGUCUUCCAUCUCUAGGCAUCUGUGAAUCAUAGAAUUGGAUGUGUCCUAGUAGUUUGUAAUACCAGUGUGACUCCUAGAAAACACACUGGGCAUGACUCUUGUAAUCAUUUAGGUUUCCAAAAGACCUCUGAGAUUAUCUAGUCCAACCUUUAACCUAGCACUGCCAAGCCCACCACUAAACCAUGUCCCAAAGCACUACAUCUGUGUCGUUUUUGAAGACCUCCAGGGAUGGUGACUCAACAGCUAACCUGGCAGCCUGUUCUAAUGCUCCACAACCCUUUCAGUGAAGAAAUUUUUCCAAAUAUCCAGCCUAAACCUCCCUUGGCGCAACUUGAGGCCAUUUCCUCAUCUUACCAUAUGAUGCUUGGGAGAAGAGACCACUCCUCAGCACUCACAUGUUUGUGCAUUAGUUAAGAUUUUUCCAUUAGUACUUUUCCCUGCUCUGAUUUUACCAAUAUAACACCUUGGAGGGACUGGUAGACCUAUGUUAAUGCAAAGAUACCAUAUGUUGAUUAAUUUUCCUUAACUGGUCUAGUUGGCAAGGUGUACUCAUACGGACACAAUUUUGUAACCAGAACUAAUGCUACAUGAAGGUAUUACACUACUUUAGCUAUCUCCUUAUAAUUAAAGUGAUAAGAAAUUAAAGAUACAUAGACAAAACUUAAGUCCUUCAUGCUCCAAGAUGGAACGUCAAAGACAUUGUUUUCCUCAUGUAUUGAUUUGUGAAGUAAAGGGAGAAAUUUGCUGGGCAACAUAGCUGUUGUAACAGCAAGAUUACUUUAUAUCUCAAAUCAAAUACCAUAAGGAUGUACAUCUCUACAAAUAAGGCAAAGUUGCAUCAUCAAGAGCACUGGAGAAUCCCCCGAAACAUUUACUCUGCAGACAUAGAGCAACCAUAGAGCAUACUUGCUUGGAGGUUUUCUGACUGAAGGAGGUUUUUAUUUGUUGGCAACAGUAGGAAAAGAUUUGGAUGCCGUUAUCAACCCGACUUGGAAUGGAAACUUGCUCCUCAGACUUGUUGAGGCACUAAACAGAAAUAGUGUGUACAUUACCUUUGCGCUGGCCUUUUUUGCUAAAGGAGAGUGUUUGUUGGCACAAAAAUCAAUGAACCAAAAAAGCUUAAACUUUUUUUUUUUAACCCGUUCAACCAGUAUAAAUCACAAGUGGGCCAAUGAUUGUUCUGUAGUGUUCCUUCCUCAGUGCCUGUUGAACCCUUUUUACCGGCUCUUUCUGUUUUUUCCUUUUUACUGGCCAGCUGAUCCAUGAAACAUGUUGCCUCCAAUAAGGUUGUCUUCUAACUACCCGAUAAUUCCCUGCUAAGCCUUCUUUCCCCUCCUGUUAAUUUUGUCAUAAUUUUUCCAUUGCUCAGUUAUUACUAAUUAAACACAGGUGUAUGCAUAUGUGCAAAAAAGAAAUGUGCAUUUAAAUUUGUAACAUAAACUUCACAGUAUGCUUAAGUGCUAUCUGUAGCUGUAUCUGAUAGUUUUACAAACACUUGACCUAAACAUACAGCCUAUAAAAUUUCUGUCAAGACCCCAUCAACUUUGCUACUUAACUAGCUCUACUCUGCAGUUCAAACUCUUCUCUUGGUCCUCAGUGAGGUCUUAGCCCCAUUUACACUUGCUGAACAAAGAGAUCUUAAGGCAAAGAAAAGCUACUUAAAUAUUUAUGAUUCAUUGAGGUUGAUGUUGAUUGUCACUGGAUUAUUGAGAUUCUAGGGCAGCAAGACACAACUACCCUGAUUUUGCACACCUGUUCUCCUUGUAUAUGACCCAGUAGGAGCAGACCAUUCUGUUGGGGUGAAUUCUAAGAUCCGUGCACCUUCAUCCAUCGUGAGAUUUGUCAGUGUGAAAAACCUGCCUCCUUCCUGUUUCACCUGUGAUGAACAGAGCAGGAAAUUUGUUCAAAAGAACUUCUGGAGGGGAAGAAGAGCAUAAGCGCACAUGCUUGGCUGACAGGCUGUUCAAAAUACAGAACACACACACACACACACAAAAAAAAAAACAAUAGACUGUCUGUCUAUGGUAAAAGAUGUCUCACACUGUCUAAUAAUGAAUAUCAUUUCUCUGUGUCUACAGAAAAUCAUGGAAAUGAGCCUUGAUAUUUAGUGAGAGUAUCCGGUAUUGAGAGAAGCAAGUUCAGCCUUAGCUUCUGUACGUGCUUUUAGACAAAGUAAUCCAAGUAAUGGUUGAAAGCAAAGUCUUUCAGAGAAGAGCGAAGGGACUAACUGGAAAACAUGGUAAAAGUUCAUGGUGGUAGUGCCUGGCUGAUUUCAUGUUAUUUCGUAUCGCUACAUGUCAGGAAAAUAAUUUACUACAUGCAUAAGUGAGGAAGGCUUGAAGCUGCCAGCUCAUUUGUGAAGCUCUGAUUUGCACCAUAAUUGGGAAAAAAAAAGGAAGUUUUAGAGCUCCCAACAAGUACUCUGGAAAAGAAAAGGGUUUCUAAGGGUUAAGUGGGAGGGGGCUUCAUAGGGAACAUCUCUCACUUUGUUGUUUUUUCUCAUGCUUGCUGUUCACAAUAGCUGGGACAACAAAACUUGAGGAAUGCGCCUUUCGGGAGAAGAGGAUGUGCCUGCAAGAAGGUGACUUAAAGAUGGAUUCUCCCAAAGAACCUCAGCCUACAGGAGAGUUCAAAUGUCAGCUAUGUGGCUUAACAGCUCCAUACACGUACUAUGGGCAGAAACCACCAAACACACGCUCUAUCGAGCUUUUGGAAGACUGCUAUGUCAUGAAGGAUCCUUUCACACCUGACAAGGAAAAAAUCCUCAUCCUUGGGUCUCUGUGCAGUUUGUGUGGCCUAUCAGUGUGCGUUGGUGCAGAAUGUAGUCUGUUCUAUUCCAAAAGGUUCUGUCUCCCCUGCGUGAAUGAAAACCUACAGGCUUUUCCUUUGGAAAUACAAGAAGACAUGGAUAAAAGAAAGCCCCAGAAAAAAUCCUUCCCUGGUAAAAAGAUGGAUACAAGAACAUAAAUACUGAAGGACAAGACAGAGAGAGAGUUCUUUGGCUUCACUUUCUGCUCUCUCCUUUUUAAGACUAUCAUGUUGCUCCUUUUAAAGUGACCUUUAUCAGCUCACUACUACAGAAAACAGUGACAUAUUUCCUUACAACUGGCUUGGCUUCAAGCAUCAUCAUGCAGCAGUUGCAGCACCAGCAAUAACACCUUAAGGUGUUGAAAAGUUAGAAAGAAAGGCAGACAAGCCUGUUGUCACAUGCCAAAUGCAUAUAGUAAAAAAAAUAAACAGUGUUAAAGUAUAGGAAGUAUGUCCAAAUUUCUCAUUUGUUAUUUCACUGUUUUGUAUUGUUCUUGACACUCCCACAGUGUUAUGAAAAAUCAGAGAGAUUUAUCCAUUUGGUAUAUAUAAUUCGGUAUAUGUCCAAGAAAGUUGAUAUAUACCAAGUGUUAACCUGACAGUGCUAGCUUCGUAAGAUUACAGUAGGAAAGAAAUUCAAAGCUUUAUUUUUAAGCGUAAAAUAAAACUGUUGGGAGAAAAUGUCAUAGAUACCCACAGAAAUACCUGGAUUCAAGAUCCUAAUCUCAGUAAUAUCACAGCAUUAAGACUUCUGAAGGUAAGAGCAUUUAUAAUGUAAUAAAAAAAAAUGAAAUGUGAUGCAAGUCUGCAGUCACUUUCUAUUCAAUCUUCCAGCCCAUGUGUGCACAGCAAUAGGAGGUGUUAAGGACCCUUAUUAUGUCUAGCUUAAUCUGGAAAUAGAAAGGUUUAGCUCCCAAGCUCAAUUCCUUCCUAAACUGGGCAAUUGAACAGCUACAGUAGGAAUCUGAGGAACAGUUUCAGUCAAAAAAGAAAAGAAAAAAGCAUAAAAUUGUUAGGGAAAAAGCAAUUUGUUUAGUUUAAAUACUAAUUUCAUGAUUAACUGUGUUGACAUUGACUUAAUUACAAGGAAAAUUUAAAUUUAAAACUGUGUAUCUGUUAAAAAGCAAUCAACAUAGUGAGAUAUUUUAAGUUCAUUAAGACUUUCUAAUGUCCUAAAAUGCUUCAUUCUGUUUUUACUGAGCCCAGGAUAUUGGUUUUCCCUGUUGGAGAUUGGAAUUUCUUGCAGUUACCAGGAGUAGCAACGGUGGACCUAUUAGUAUAUUUUUCAAGCUCUGGUUGCUUUAAGACAUAAAAAACAUGCGCAUCAUUAAUUGCCUAAAAAAGUUACAUGUGAGAAUUUAAUAUUUUAGAGUCCUUCUGUAUUAUUCUUUCAAUGAAAGUGAUAUAAAACUUACUUAAAAUGAAUAGCAUUAAAUUUCAGUUUAGUUUGUUUCAAUUCAGUUUCAUUCUCAAAUCAGAAUUCUGAAGAGUGAGGUGCUAUAAAUGGAAUCAUAUUGCCUUUCCAUCUUAAAACUGUAGGCAUAAGCUGACAAAAACCAACAUACUUAUGUGAAAUCACAUCAUGUGUUUGUACUGACAAAUGUCUUUCUCAAACAUUAUCUGUUUAUUUCCUUUAUUUCACAACAUUUGCAGCAGGUUGUAUUUAAACUCUUAGCCUGAAAGGAGGUUUUAAAAGCGUGGCUAGAGCAGUUCACACCUCAGUAAGAAUGUGCCUUUGGGUAGCAUGACGUGUAGGCAUGCCACAGCCAUGGAAGGUGUACCCACUGUGUGCUGGGAAGGCUCUCUCUGGUCUCUGAGCUGUAUUCCCUCCCAUUCAACUUAUUCUGUGCCUUCUAAGAAAAGCACAGUUAACUCAUUUAUUCAUAAUUAUUAUCUUUGCAAUCACAAUCUAAGAAUCAUUUAAGUCCCUCAGAAAUUACUUUACCUUUCAGUACUUAAGUUCAGCUGGAGGGGGGAGUGGAAUUGGUAUUAAACGGGGGCAAAAUCUGAAACUACACAAUCUUUGAUUUGACCCUGUACACCUAGUUUAAGUACAGUACAACAGAAAAUGCUAAGUUAAGGAUACCUCUGCUUCACAGUUACCUGGUUACACGCACCUUUUAGGUGAAGAAAAACUUACUUCAAAGCAAGUACCACAAAGUGGUACAGUAGCCCAGAUUUGUCAGAUACAUUGUCAUCUGUGGUCCAUGCAUUAGGGAAAGGAGGCUGACCUACAUGUAAUUCAGUAAAGGGUUAUUAUCUGUGCCCAACUAUUAAUAUUUGUGUAUUCUGCAUUCUAAUAUCCCUACUGAACGCAGGCAUUCACUUAUCAGCUAUGAGGCCCUCUUUUCAAGAUAUACAGAGCCUUUAUAACUUGGUUUUAUUGGGUUCCCCAGGUACUUUCUGCUGCUGAAAACCAGACCUUCAAUGCUCCAAUACACAGCUGAUGGAAGAAAAAAAAAA